GCGAAACAAAGAUUCUCCGGGCUGAGAGGUUUGUGGGUGGACACUCUGUGACGAUGCACCUAUAGGGUGAAUUUAUAAAACUGCCGGCCCAAGACUGAUGGAAUGAAGCUUUAUUCUAGACGUUAUCUCAAGUCUUGAUACUCCAUUUUGGAUUUACUUUGCUUCCGUUAAAACAAUUAAAUACUGCAAGUGCAAGCGGAGUAAAAGCCAUGGGAGACUGGGGCUUUCUCUCCAAAUUACUCGACAAGGUGCAGUCCCACUCCACCAGCAUUGGGAAGGUGUGGCUGACCGUGCUUCUAAUCUUCAGGAUCAUGGUUCUUGGAGCUGGAGUAGAUAAAGUGUGGGGUGAUGAGCAGUCUGGCAUGGUGUGCAACAUCAAGACGCCUGGAUGCAAGAACGUAUGUUACAACAAAGCCUUCCCAAUUUCCCACACCCGCUUCUGGGUUCUCCAGAUCCUUUUCGUGUCCUUACCCACUUUGAUCUACCUGGGCUACGUCCUGAACGUCAUCCACAAAGAAAACAAAAUGAGGCAGAAGCUCCAAAACCAGGCUGAGAAGCGAGGCCUGAAGCUGCCCAAAUACACGGACGACAACGGAAAACUUCGCUAUAAAGGAAACCUCUUGUGCGUUUAUGUAACUUGCAUAUUAGUGACCAUUUUGUUUGAAACAGCUUUCAUCGUGGGCCAGUACUAUUUGUACGGUUUCAUGAUGAAACCUCGGCUCGAGUGCAGCGGCGAUCCAUGUCCUAGACAUACAGUAGAGUGCUUCAUGUCCCGUCCCACCGAGAAGACCAUCUUCAUCCUCUUCAUGCUGGUGGUGGGCUGUGUGUCUCUAGCUUUGAACAUAGCGGAGAUAUUUUAUCUGAUUGGUCGAGCUGCCGUGUACAGAAAGCAUCCACCCAUCAUUCCAGCUGAUGAACAUAAACCAUUCACCGCUGAGACAUUUUGCUGAGAUGAGUGCGGAACUGUUCUGGUCUCACACUAUUAAAAACAAGGUUCCUAAAAGAUUGUUUAAUUGGAUAGAUGGUACUAGGAAGAAUCACAGGUGUAGAAGAUUUACAUUAUGUACGUGUAACAUGAUGUAUUUAUAAAUUAAUCAAAGAACCAUGCACCAAAGGUAGCCUUUCUCCAAAAAGCCAUUUUUAAAACCAUUAUUUUCUACAGUCUAGUCUAUUGUAAAUAGUUGUAUCUGAAAAAGAUGGAGGAGAUAUUGAACCACCUCCACAUUGAAAUAGUUUAUGAACUCUUUACCAUAAUGUCAUGCACUACUGCUGUUCUUAAUGAAAAGAAUGGACAUUCAUGUCUGCUUUCUGUGGCUUCUUUUAAUUUUCCAUUGUUCUUAGACAAGUAUUCAUCCACUGAAUAAGAUCUAAACACACUUGUAUGUUGUGUCUUAAGAUAUUUUAAAUGUAUAAUUGCUGCUUAAGAUAUUUUAAAUGUAUAAUUGCUCAACAAUUUUGUGUCAUUUGUUCUACCUAAUUUCUGCUUUUAAGACACUUUUACCAAAGUCAUGUCAUCACAACCAAUUAAAGCACAAGCUUAUCAUCAUGUCAUGGCAUCAUAUGACAGGAUGUGUCAUAAAAAGAAAUACAUAAUAAUUCUUUAUCUGUACUGCCUCCUAUCACUAACAACCUGCAUUCUAUUUCACUUCAUCAUAAGCAGUCUAUAUAGUGGACCAUACUGGCCAAAUGCACUGUGAGAUGACAAAACCACAUAACGAAAAAAAUAUAUAGUGACUAUAUUUGCUGCUAUAGCCAAUGUUGCUAAUGUGAGCACUGUGCACUGCACUGUGAGCAGAAAAGCCUUGAAAAAAUAAGCACAGGCUGGACUUUCAGUCCAUUGUGGGCAAUAGUCAUCUUCUCCACCACUAGGAGGUGCCAUGUGAUCAAGAGCCAACAAUGUACAAGCUUGUGGCUCAAUCUAUUGAUGCAGUGACAUUGAUGCAGUGACUCUUUUAGAAGAGCUGACACCUCUAAAGCAUAUUUUUGAACCUCAAUCAAUAUCUUGUUGCUAUUUUCUCUGUGAUUAAAUAACACAUUUGAGAUGAUAUGCAGUAGGCUAAGCAGAAGCAUUGAAAUAAACAUCAAAUGCACUAAUA